AUGAAAUGCUUGAAAAAAGAUGCCAAGUUGACACGAUUUACCUCGACUUUGCGAAAGCAUUUGACAAAGUAAGUCAUGACCUUUUACUUGUGUAACUCCAUAACUUUAGCAUCAAAGGUAAUCUUCUUCGUUGGUUCAAAGAUUAUCUUUCUGGGCGUUUUCAAAGAGUCACUGUACAUGGUGUUACAUCUCAGCCGCUCCCAGUACUAUCCGGCGUUCCCCAAGGAUCAAUUCUUGGACCAAUCCUCUUUCUUAUCUACGUAAACGAUCUUCCCGAUAGCGUCUCCCAAGAUACUGCCGUGUCAAUGUUUGCUGAUGAUACUAAAUGUCAUCGCGCUGUUCGUAACCCCCAAGACAGAGAAAUCCUACAGUCAGAUCUUAACAAUAUUACGAACUGGUGUCAAGACUGGAGGAUGGAUUCAAAUAAAUCCAAGUGCGGAGUUCUUCAAUUUACUCGUUGUCUCCAACCUACUAUCAACCAGUACACAUUAGCUGACAUCCCAGUCAAACCUUUAACCUGUGUAAAAGAUCUUGGCGUAAGUAUCACCAAAGAUAUGAAGUGGAACCAGCACGUGCAGGACUUAUCCUCAAAAGCUAACAAAUGCUGGGUUUUGUCAAGAGAACAGCGUCCGGCAUUCACGAUAAAAGAGUUCGAAAAAUACUGUACUUGA